UUAAAUACAUCGCCGAGCUGUUCGUAAUUUUCUCAUCCAGGGCCCAGAAAAUUCUCAUCAUGCCUUCUUCCUCUCUCCAUUGGCUGAGUUUGGUUGCAACCAUCUGGCUCCAAACCAUCAAUGGACCAAAUUCUGAUUUUGCUGUCUACUCGUCGCAGCUCAAAGACAUAAAACACUUCUCCCAGGUUCAGCUCAACAUGCUUGCUUUUGCUUCUGAUGCAGGGAAGCUCUUCGGCUGGUUCUCCGGAAUCGCAGCCAUUUAUCUCCCACUAUGGCUUGUUUCAGUAAUCGGCGCGGCUUUCGGGCUCGUCGGUUACGGCGUCCAGUUUCUGUUCCUGGAGAAUCCUAAACUCUCCUACUGGCAUCUCUUUCUACUAACUUCUCUAGCAGGAAAUGGCAUUUGCUGGAUCAACACUGUUUGCUACCUCUUAUGCAUCAGAAACUUCCCUUACGACCGCCGUGCUGCCGUCGGGAUAUCGACAAGCUACGUGGGGCUAAGCGCGAAGGUCUACACGGUCGUGGUCGACGCGAUCUUUCGCCCGAAGGAUAACUCCACAGCUAAGUCAUAUCUCCUCCUCAAUGCCAUAUUCCCCUUGCUAGUUACCCUACCAGUCUCGCCUUUCCUCCGAGUGUUCGACGCUGAAACUCGAGUAAGAUUGAGUACUGGGUUUCUCGCCUUAUUCGUUAUCACAAUAGCAACUGGGGUCUGCGCAAUUGUGGGCAGCAUUGGGUCUGCUUCAACUGGCCUUUCUUCGCGACAUCUUAUGCUGAGCCUGGCAAUUCUCUUGCUUUCUCCUGUGAUUCUGCCUCUGGUUGUCAAGCUUAGAGAGAGAGCCAUAACUGUAUGGAAGGAUAAGAAGGAGAACAGAAUCCAUGAUCUGACACUAGACGAGGUAGAAGCAGGGGAGGGAUCUGCAGCAGAAGUUGAGAUGAAGGAAGAAGAGACGAACGAAGUCGGCACAGAAGAAGGGAGGGAAGAAGUUGGUGGCCUCAAGAUGCUGAGGAAGGUAGACUUCUGGCUCUAUUUCUUCGGUUACAUGUUCAGCGCGACGUUAGGAUUGGUGUUUCUGAACAAUCUGGGGCAGAUAGCGGAGUCUCGCGGACUCACUGAUGCUUCUUCAACUCUGGUCUCGUUGUCGUCGUCGUUCGGUUUCUUCGGCCGCCUCGUCCCUUCCUUCUUAGACUACUACUUAUCAAAAGCCGGUUAUGCGGCAUCGAGAUCGGCGUCGAUGGCAGCAUUGAUGGCCCCGAUGUCGGGGGCCUUCUUCAUGCUUCUGGCCCCGCGGCCGUCCUUCUUGUACGUCGGCACGGCCGUUAUCGGGGCAUGCACGGGGGCAAUCACAACGAUCGCCGUCUCGGCGACGACCGAGCUGUUCGGGACGAAGCAUUUCGGCGUGAACCACAACAUCGUCGUAGCGAACAUUCCGGUUGGCUCUCUGAUCUUCGGCUACUUCGCUGCUUUUGUUUACGAGAAGGGAGCUGAUGGUGAUUACAGUUGCUUCGGCACCCAUUGUUAUAGCAAAACGUUCGUCGCCUGGGGCUCUACUUGCUCUCUCGCAACUCUACUAUGUACAAUUCUAUAUUUUCGCUCGCGCAAAUUUUCCGUAAGAACUACUUAAAAAGUAAUCAAUAUAUAUAUAGCUAGGUUACCAAUAGUUUUGAGUCUAAAGAACUGGUACGUUUACUUGUUCGUUUGCUUAUACACCACCAUAGCUCCUGUGCUUUUAAAAGCAUCAGAACAUUCAUGCUUGUGAGUUUUUUUUAACUGUCAGAUCAGUUUAAGAUUCGUGCAGCACUAUUAAUGAUGUAUCCCGUUAAGCCUUCUUUAUUAGUACUGCACAAAUCAUAAGGUGAUUCGACAGCUCAAAAAUUACAAGCAUAGAUGUUCUUGUGCUUUUAAAAGCACAAGAGCAAAGAAUAGACAUACAGUAUCUUCUAACUUUCCUCUUUUGUCGAGAUAUUAUAGGAAAAGCUCAUGUACAACAGUUAAAUCAUAAGGAAUUUAAUUAAUAAUACUGAGCAUAUAUUGUGAAGAA